CUAAGAUUGGUAUGGAGCGGGCUCACAACUCUUCAGCAUACUCCUCCAUUUCGGUAGGUGGAAGCAUGCAUGCUAGGCCAGUCGCAAGUUCUAUACCGGGUGAAACUACUAUUUGAGACUAACACUGUUACGAAGACUGCAUACCUCGUCUCCCCAAAUAAUUUGCAACAGUUUCCUGGAGCCAAUAGUCGCAUGGUUGCUUUUCAACAGGCAGUCACCUUGUCAACGUUCGCAUCAAGCACAAUCAGACCUGGGAUGUCAAUUGGCAAACGCUACCAAACAUGCAACAACAUAACCGCCCAAGUACAUGUGCAAACCAACUGCAGCGACGAUCCAGCAGACUUUUCACAUUUGCCGUAUUAUUUGUCUGGAGCCAACGUAGGAGGUGUUCCUUAAUUCUCUUACCUAAAUGCCUG